CAUACAGUGCGGCUGACAAAACUUCAACUCGGUGUCUUCGCUCUGCAUCAUCGAGACUCACGUGUUCAAAAUUUCGUGGUGUCGCAUCCAGGUGGCAUUGACUCUCCUGCUUUGUUAGUUCGUCAUUUGAACCGGCUGACGGGCCCUGAGCUGCGUCGUCUAGCCGUCAGAUUUGCUCUUCUGCCAGACGUUCAGUCAGAUGAGGCCAGUGUCACAGAUAUUGCUGAAGUUGGCAAUGAGGAUAGUAAGCUCGAUAACUCUGAGCAAGGUGAACCUAUGAUUCAUAAAACUUUACCGGAUGCGAAGCGUGCUAGGAUGGACGAAAGGGGCUUUCUAACUCUUGAGCCAUCAUUGGAAGAGACGACGGAAGGAGAGAAAGAGAAAUUCGAGAAAUGUUCUGCAGAUCAGGGGGCGAUUGGUGUUAAAUCGGUUCGACGUCUUAACAGAGAAGACGGCUAUUUGCACAUUGAUAAAGACAUGAUAAUCAAGGUAAAUUACUCUAUAUCCCAAUUUUACCUGUUUUCGCAGAUAAGAAUAUAA